CCGGACUUGAGCGCGCGGGAGCUCAGGGCUGACUUCACCGCGUUUCACAACGCGAAACAAAAGGAAGGAAAAAAAAAAAACCAAAAACCAAAAAAAAAAAGAAAUCGGGGCUUCGAUCCUCUUUCUCAUGUCGGAUUUUCCCCGUGAGCAAUGCCGAUAAAUACAGCAGCAGGGAUGUCCGCAGCUCAUUCUGCCCUGCUGUCCCGGGCCAGCCACUCUCGGAGCGCGCAGGGAAGGCGAAGCACAGCGGAGGGCCAUGCCGCGCAGUGAGUGCCAGCCCCCGCCCGCCCGCGCUCCACGCCCGCCUGCCAGCCCGGCCUGCGCUCACCGCCCUCUCUGUUUCCUCUCCUCAGGCGCCGCCUGGGCAGCCGCCGCCGUCGCUCUGCUGCUGGGAGCCGCGGCUCUGCCCGUGCCGGACUCGUCCGGGGAGGAAGACCUAGUCGACGAGACGUCGCCCUCGCGGAGCUCCCCGGUGCCCGACUACGAGUCGCUGGCGUGGCUGCUGCGCAGCCGGGCGGCCAGGCUGAAGCACGAGAUGUGUGAGAAAUUUACUGUGUGUGAAAACAGCAUGGAAAUGCUUGUCCAAAGCCAUCUGAAACUCCCCAAGAUCCUGGAUGAAGACGGCUGCUUACAGUCUGGAUUCAACAAGGAGAAAUGCUUGAUAAAGAUCUCCAGUGGCCUUUUUGCAUUUCAACCAUAUCUGGAAUAUAUACAUGUACAAGAAACAUUUAUUAGUGAAAAGCAAAAAAUUGAAACCAUAUGGUACGGCACAAAGCACCUGGCAAACACUGUGAGGCAGAUGAUGGAAAAUCCUGAUGCGGUGCCCAUACCAGACCAAACUAGUCAGAAAACGCUUCUUGAAAAACUAAAGGCAAAUAAGAACUGGAGAGAGAAAAUUGCCACUCAUUUCAUCCUCAGAGAUUUUACUUCAUUUAUGGAGAAAACAGUGAGGGCUCUUCGAUACAUAAGAAAAACCAGGAGUUCAAGUGCUUGAAUGUUUUAAUUCAGGCACCUUCCUUUUCACAAAAUCUGUCAUGUGGCAGAUGACAGUGUUGUUCUAUUUUAAGAACCAAAACUCUAAUAAUAAGGGUUUCCAUUUAUAAAUUGUAAAAUCACUAGGAUUUCUUUUGGGGAAUAUAUUUAUUAUAUUUAAAAUAUUUAUUCAUUCAUAAUAAUGAUUAUUUAUAUUUCCAAUAUUUACAGAAAAUUUAAACAGAGUAUCUAUUUUAUUUGUUUCUACUGACAUUAUUUGCAAUAUCAGUUGAUGUCACUGCUUAUAUAGCCAACAAAAAUACACUUGAAAGGGCUGUUAUCUAGAAAAAACCUGAAUGUAUAACUUAUUUUCUUCAUGUCUGAAAUUUUGUAUUUAAAUCUAUUUAUAUUUUUUAAAAACAAAAUAUAAAGCAUUUAAAAGAAGAUUUUGGCAUUUAAUAAAAGUAUGAAAAUUUUCAAAUA